AUGGGACAUCCUACGAAUAUGUGUCCCAUUGUUCAAGAAGAUGUGGAGCAUGUGAAUGCCACAGGAGAGUUCCAAAACUACCACAACAAACCAUCCGGUUACCAAAAUGCAUAUAAUUCAAGUUGGAAGCCAAAUCCCAACAUGAGAUACAACCUAAGACCAUUGCCUCAAAAUGCAUUGAACCCAAAUGUCAAUGUGGUGACCUUUAGAAGCGGCAAACAAGCCGGAGAAAAUAGUUCGAAGAAGAAGCCGAGGGAAGAGGAGGAAGAAAUAGAGAUCAUCCCCAUUGAGGAUCCCAUAGCCAAGAAUGACACACAAGCCGGAGCCCCAAAGAAGACUACUCCUCUAGUGACACCAAUAGCCACUCACCCACCGUUCCGCUCUCGACUUGCAACUUCAAAGAAGAAUAUGGAGGAGAAAGAGAUCUUGGACACCUUCCGAAAGGUGGAAGUAAACAUCCCUUUACUUGAUGAAAUCAAACAAAUUCCAAGAUAUGCAAAGUUCUUGAAGGAGCUUUGCACCAACAAGAGAAAGUUGAAAGGGAAUGAGAAAAUCUCGAUGAACAAAAAUGCAUCCGUGGUUUUACAAAGGAAGCUUCCAUCCAAGUGUAAAGAUCCCGGAAUGUUCACGGUCCCUUGCAAGAUUGGAGAUGUAACCUUUAGUAGUGCUAUGCUUGAUCUGGGUGCCUCUAUCAGUGUCAUGCCUUACUCGGUGUAUGAAUCAUUGAAUGUCAGACCCUUAAGCGAAACCGGUGUCAUAAUAUCUCUUGCGGAUAAAUCAAGUGUCUUUCCUAGAGGUGUUUUGGAAGAUGACCUAGUUCAAGUAAACCAACUGGUCUUCCCGGCGGAUUUCUAUGUGAUUUACCUAGAUGAACAAGUAUCCUCAAAAUCGGGCAUAAUCUUACUUGGGCGACCAUUCUUGAAGAGGGCUAGAACAAUGAUUGAUGUGUAUGCGGGAAGCUUCACCAUGGAAUUUGAUGGUGAAACAAUAAGUUUUAACAUUUAUGAUGCUAUGAGGUAUCCUAGUGAUGUUUCAUCUUUGUGCUUUAUAGAUGUUGUCGAACCAUUGACUCAGGAAUUGUUUAAGUUGUGUGAUGAUGACAUGUUAGAGAUGGUUUUGAACAAGGGGUUUGAUUGUGCAAAAUUAGCCAAGAAGGUGAAGCUCUAUUCGCUAGACCCCGAAAUUGAAAGAUUAGUCAACAAUUUGGAGAUGAAGAAGACCACCCAAUUUAGUGUGAAGCAAAUUGAAUUACCUCAAACUCACACGAGAUUUCCACCCUCCCUUGUCCAAUCGCCAGAAUUAGAAUUGAAGGUCCUUCCUCAACAUUUGAAGUAUGCGUACUUGUGA